AUGGCCUAUAACAGACCUUAUAAUCCUGACGAGCUGCCUAGGUUUGCAGAGCCCGAACACAAGGGCGGCGCUCCUCCUCGUCCCUCGCCCACUACGGCAUCCCACCCCCAUCCCCAGCGCCACGACUCGGGCGCCUCGUCUCACUACCCAUCCCGCUACGACAGCAAGCCUCAGCCCGCACCCCCUCGCCCGUCCGAUGAUCCUCGGCGCGAGGACCCCAGGCGCGAGGACCCCAGGCGCGAGGACCCCAGGCGCGUCGACUCUCACCGCCAGCCCUCCGGCUCCUCGGCGGCACCCUCCCACGGCUUCGGCGCCACCUCCCCGCCGCCCACGAACCAACCCCGUCCCAUCCAUCACGCCCGCCCCGAAGCCUCCUCGCGGCCUCCUCCCUCGCCACAGCCUGACAUGACCGCCGACGGCGCCGAUCCGACCCUCCUCCCCCUCUUCCGCGCCGUCGACAAGGACGGCACCGGCCAGCUCUCUGAGCGCGAGCUCUCUGCCGCCCUCGUCAACGGCGACUGGUCCCCCUUUGACCCCCACACCAUCCGCAUGAUGAUCCGCAUGUUCGACUCGGACCGCAGCGGCACCAUUGGCUUUGCCGAGUUCUGCGGCCUCUGGUCCUUCCUCGCAUCCUGGCGCACCCUCUUCGACCGCUUCGACGCCGACCGCUCCGGCAACAUCUCCCUCGACGAGUUCAACAACGCCCUCGUCGCCUUCCGCUACCGCCUCAGCCCUGGCUUCGUCGAGCUGCUCUUCCGCACCUACGACAAGCGCGGCGAGGGCGUCAUGAGCUUCGACCUCUUUGUCCAGGCCUGCAUCAGCCUCAAGCGCAUGACCGACGUCUUCAAGAAGUACGACGACGACCGCGACGGCUACAUCACCCUCAGCUUUGAGGAUUUCUUGUCCGAGAUCCUGAAGCAGCUGAAGUAG